CUGAUUGUCUGUCCCGGUGGACCGGUCUUGCGAGUUGGCGACUGACAGCCAACCUUCCGAACCUCGAUCGAAGACAGCUUAGUGAUCCUCGAGAUGACACCAUCUAGGAUCGACAAGGGCACUGUUAAUGGAAUAACCGACGCGUGUUCAGCACUACAUAUAAAAGGAUCCACCGCAUCCUGAGCUCCUGCGUCGGCUCAAUCUACCGCCAUCCAUUAGCAAAUUAUAGUAGGCAUGACAGGCAAGACGAACAUUUUGCUCUUCGGAGCCACAGGCUAUAUUGGAGGUUCUGUCUUGAACCGCCUCCUGCAGCAUCCUAAUGCAGAUAAUUUCGACAUCACCGUGCCAGUGCGGUCUCCCGAGAAGGCCAAGCUGCUCGAGCAGCUGGGCGUGAAAACCGAGAUAGCCUCUCUCAGUGACCAUGACAAGAUCGAGUCGCUCGCCUCGCGCGCGCACGUUAUCUUCAACGUGGCGAACUCGGACGACUUGCCCGCCAUAGUCGCGCUUCUGAAGGGCGUGCGCAAGGCGUACGAAACUACUAGGCAACCACCUAUCCUCAUCCACACGUCAGGCACGGGUGAAAUCGCGGAGCUGGCGGACGGGAAAUACGCGACGGAGACCGUCUACUCUGACCUGAACAUCGACCAGCUGAAGUCGAUACCCCCGACAGCCUUUCAUCGCAAUGUUGACCUGGCUGUCAUCGGCGCAGACGAGCAAGGCUACGCCCGGUCGUAUAUCAUCAUCCCGGGCGUCGUAGAAGGCAUCGCGUCCGGCCCCGUCUUUGAGGAGGGAAUAGCGAAGCGGGUCUCUAUGCAGAUACCUUCACUUAUCAAGGCGUCGUUGGACAGGAAGCGAUCGGGCGUGAUUGGUCCCGGUAAGGCCAUCUGGCCGUACGUCCACGUCGACGACACGGCCGACAUGUACACCGUGCUCCUCGACGCGAUCACGGCAAACCCCCAGAGCGCGGGCCACGGCUGGGAGGGCUACUAUUUCGCAGAGAAUGGCCACAUCUCUUACUACGAGAUCGGGAAGGCCAUCGGUCAGGCGCUCGUAGACCUCGGGUUCGCGGACAACGCUGAGCCUACGCCCUUCACUGACGACGAGCUAGUCAACUACUGGGGUUCGGUGUUUCUGGGAAAUUUUGGUGGGUCAACCUGCCGCUGCCGCGCUGACCGCAUACGUGCGCUUGGGUGGAAGCCCAAGUACAGCAGCGCGGACUUGCUUGCGAUUCUCAAGCCCGAGACCGAGUUGCAGUGGAAGAUUGCGCAGGAGAAGGGCGAGAUCGACUUCUCGUACGAGCGGAGUCUCUCGGUACUGUUCCAGAAUGCGAUUGCCUCGAGCUGAAGACCGGGAUGUCGUAGGAU